CGCCCCGCGCAUGCGAUCCCGCCCCGCACCCUGAGGGCCCGGGAGGGCGAGCGCACCUGGCCUCCGCGACCGCCGGAGCUGCUCGGCGCACCCCGAAGCUGUCUGCGGGCGCCUGCAGCCUUACCCCCUGGUCUGCCCCGGAGGAUUGGGGCUCCCGGCCCGCGUCCUGUCCCUCCGCGGCCCGGAGUGCGCGGAGCUGGGAGUGGCUUAGCCAUGGCCGUGAGGAGGGACUCCGUGUGGAAGUACUGCUGGGGAGUUUUGAUGGUUUUAUGCAGAACUGCGAUUUCCAGAUCGAUAGUUUUAGAGCCUAUCUAUUGGAAUUCCUCGAACUCCAAAUUUCUACCUGGACAAGGCCUGGUACUAUACCCACAGAUAGGAGACAAAUUGGACAUUAUUUGCCCCAAAGUGGACUCUAAAACUGUUGGCCAGUAUGAAUAUUAUAAAGUUUAUAUGGUUGAUAAAGACCAAGCAGACAGAUGCACUAUUAAGAAGGAAAAUACCCCUCUUCUCAACUGUGCCAGACCAGACCAAGAUGUAAAAUUCACUAUCAAGUUUCAAGAAUUCAGCCCUAACCUCUGGGGUCUAGAAUUUCAGAAGAACAAAGAUUAUUACAUUAUAUCUACAUCAAAUGGGUCUUUGGAGGGCCUGGAUAACCAGGAGGGAGGGGUGUGCCAGACAAGAGCCAUGAAGAUCCUCAUGAAAGUUGGACAAGAUGCAAGUUCUGCUGGAUCAACCAGGAAUAAUGAUCCAACAAGACGUCCAGAACUAGAAGCUGGUACAAAUGGAAGAAGUUCAACAACAAGUCCUUUUGUAAAACCAAAUCCAGGUUCCAGCACAGACGGCAACAGCGCCGGACAUUCGGGGAACAAUAUCCUCGGUUCCGAAGUGGCCUUAUUCGCAGGGAUUGCUUCAGGUUGCAUCAUCUUCAUCGUCAUCAUCAUCACCCUGGUGGUCCUCUUGCUGAAGUACCGGAGGAGACACAGGAAGCACUCGCCGCAGCACACGACCACGCUGUCGCUGAGCACGCUGGCCACGCCCAAGCGCAGCGGCAACAACAACGGCUCCGAGCCCAGUGACAUUAUCAUCCCCUUAAGGACUGCGGACAGCGUCUUCUGCCCGCACUACGAGAAGGUCAGCGGGGAUUAUGGGCACCCGGUGUACAUAGUGCAGGAGAUGCCCCCUCAGAGCCCGGCGAACAUUUACUACAAGGUCUGAGGGCCACUCUGGCGGUACCCUGCUUUCCCGGAGGAAACUCACUGUCCCGACGCGCCCCGUUAAGGGCCCCACGAGCCCGCGAGCUGGCGAACUGACUGACGCACAGCCCUGGGGCGGAGGGGACACACUCCGUCUCGGAAGAGCCCCGGGGAGCUGGACAGCGGACCUAGUCUGUAGCGUUUCGGCCUUGGCGAACACAAACACUCCCUGGAAGCUGGAAGACUGUGUAGGAGGGACCCACUGGGACUGCUGGGCCGGCGCCCUGGCGUCCUCUAAGCCAUGUGCUGCAGUCACUCAGGCCCCUGCGGGAGCCCCGCCGCCACCCGCCAGGCCUGGGCGUGCCCCGCCCGGGGUGUGCCUCCCCCGCGCGCAGAAUGGACUUGCCCCAUGGACCUCGGGCUAAUUAAAGUUUUCAAAGAUCUCUAGCGUUUAGUCCUCACUGUCUCACUCCUCCUGUCACCCAGGGCCUGCAGCACCUCCCCUGAGAUUUCCUCCACUCCACAUUCUGCAUCACUGACGGAACGCUCAAGCCUAGCGUCCCCUACCCCAGCCGUGUGCAGCCACAGCUUCAGCCGAAUGGGUAAUCCAUGUCUAGCAAUUGUGUUUGCCAAUAAGGUGCCCUUUAGCCAGAUACCAGGCUGUCAGCCGAGGAAGACUAGGAGUUCGUGGAACCCCGGCUGGGGCUGCGGACAGGGCUGGCUGCAAUCGCAGUUCACUGCUGCUGCCUCUGAAACAGAAAGUUGGAAAGGAAAAAAGAAAAAAAAAACACAAUUAGGUAGCACAGCACUUUGGUUUUGCUGAGAUUUAAGAGGCAGUAGGAGACACAACAACAUACACAGUGGAUCAUAGUGCAUUGGGAAGAAUUCACUGUUAUCAAAUAGCAAUGUGCAGGGGAAAAAAAGAAGUCCCUCUUCAUUCCGUGGAACAAAGGGGGGUAUUGUUGGUAAAGGAACUGGCUCCGAGGGAAGGGAGAAAGUAGGCCGCUGAUGAUAUAUUCGGGCAGGACUGUUGUGGUACUGGCAAUAAGAUAUACGGCUCCGAAGCUGUAGGAGAGUCGGUCUGCUUUGGCUGAUUUUUUAAGCAGACUCAGCUGCUAUACUUAUCACAUUUUAUUAAACACAGGGAAAGCAUUUAGGAGAAUAGCAGAGAGCCAAACCUGACCUAGACGUUUAAAAGCCAAAGGUCAAACAGGCUGCAAUUCCAUCAUCAUUGACGUUAUUAAAGAAUUCUCAUCUGUAAAAUGUAGGUCAGAUCCCCCUUCCCCUGAAGCCCCCCUCCCUGGUUGAGCCUUACGACACUUUGGUUUGUGGCGGUGCUGUCCCCGUGCAAGGGCUGCAGGGUAGGUACUGAAGGAGGCCGCGGCGCCCGGUGCUCUGUGUCAGUGAAGCACACACGGAAAACCUCCUAGAGUCCUUAAGACGGAAAUAAAUUAUGAUGUCGAGGAGGAGAAGGAAGAUAGGACGUAUUUAUAAUAGCUAUAUAGAACACAAGGGAUAUAAGAUGAAAGAUUUUUACUAAUAUAUAUUUUAAGAUUGCACACAGUACACACCAGAAGAUGUGAAAUUCAUUUGUGGCAAUUAAGUGGUCCCAAGGCUCCGUGCUUAAAAAAAACAAACAAAUUGGACAGCUCCUUCUGGGAAAAACAACAUCACUCCAAAAAUAACAAUAAUGUGAGCAAAUACAAAAAUAACAAAGUCCUCUGAAGGCAUCUCACAUAACUGUAGACUAGGAAAUACAAGCCCCAAAUACCAGGAAAUCGAUGUUACUGCAUCACAUAUUUAACAAUGACAAGAUGUUCCGGCAUUUCUUUUCCGUGUUGGGUUUUCCCUUGCCUUAUGGGCUGAAGUGUUCUCUAGCAUCCAGCAGGUCUCACUGAGGGGGUUUCGGCUGAAAGUUUGGCUUUGGCUCCCUCCCCUUCUCCUCCCCUCCCCCCGUCCCCCGCCCCCUCCCUUCUGGGAAACAAGAAGAGAAAACAGGAAACCUACUUUUUAUGUGCUAUGCAAAAUAGACAUCUUUAACAUAGUCCCGUUACUAUGGUAACACUUUGCUUUCUGAAUUGGAAGAAAAAAAAAUGUAGCGACAGCAUUUUAAGGUUCUCAGACCUCCAGUGAGUACCUGCAGAAAUGAGUUGUCACAGAAAUUAUUAUUCCCUAUUUCCUGAACCUGAAAAAUGAUGUUGGUCCAAAGUGCGUGUGUGUAUGUAUGAGUGGGUGUGUGGCAUACAUGUGUACAUAUAUGUAUAAUAUAUAUCUACAAUAUAUAUUAUAUAUAUCUAUAUCAUAUUUCUGCGGGGGUUGCCAUGGCGACCAGCCGCAGUACAUAUGUAAUUCUUUCCAUCACCCCAACCUCUCCUUUAUGUGCAUUCAGACAAGAUUUUCUUGUAAGCCAUCAAAAGUUACUUUUAGGAUGGGGGAGAGGGGCAAGAAGGGGAAAAAUGGGAAAUAGUCUGAUUUUAAUGAAAUCAAAUGUAUGUAUCAUCAGUUGGCUACAUUUUGGUUCUAUGCGAAACUGUGAAAAACCAGAUGGAUUGAUAAAGAGUUACCUGCAACCAGUUGAAGUGUUCUGUGCGUCUGUUUUGUGUCUGGUGCAGAAUAUGACAAUCUACCAACUAUCCUUUUAUUUGAAGUUGGUUCAGCUUUGGAAAGUUACUGUAAAUGCCUUGCUUGUAUUCUCAUCCCUAGUCACCCGACUUUGGAAUUUGCACCAUCAUGUUUAAGUGAAGAUGCUGUAAAUAGGUUCAGAUUUUACUGUAUAUGGAUUUGGGGUGUUACAGUAGCCUUAUUCACCUUUUUAAUAAAAAUACACAUGAAAACAAGACAGAAAUGGCUUUUCUUACCCAGAUUGUGUACAUAGAGCAAUGUUGGUUUUUUAUAAAGUCUAAGCAAGAUGUUUUGUAUAAAAUCUGAAUUUUGCAAUGUAUUUAGCUACAGCUUGUUUAACGGCAGUGUCAUUCCCCUUUGCACUGUAAUGAGGAAAAAAUGGUAUAAAAGGUUGCCAAAUUGCUGCAUAUUUGUGCCGUAAUUAUGUACCAUGCAUAUUUAUUUAAAAUUUCGUUGUCCAAUUUGUAAGUAACACAGUAUUAUGCUUGAGUUAUAAAUAUUUUUUUCUUUCUUUGUUUUAUUUUAAUAGCCUGUCAUAGGUUUUAAAUCUGCUUUAGUUCCACAUUGCAGUUAGCCCCAGAAAAUGAAAUCCGUGAAGUCACAUUCCACGUCUGUUUCAAACUGAAUUUGUUCUUAAAAAAAUAAAAUAUUUUUUUCCUAUGGAAAAA